UAUCUUUGCACGACAUCGACCCGACAUCUUGUUCCUGUUUGUAUUUUCGCUUUGUGACGACAGGUUAAAAUAAUAGUUCGUUCGUUCCUACUUAGCUGUUUACAGGGCUAGAACAGGAAUUAAAGAAAGAUUCCAUAUCGAGAAACCAAGAUGGAUAGUUUGUUUGGUAAAAGACCUUUCUCAAUCGGUGCUUUGAAGGAUUUUUCGAAACUUGACCAGUCUACCCGUCAUCACUUGAAGAAUGUGUAUGCUUGCUUGUCAGCCUCUAUGCUGGCUGCAGGACUGGGAAGUGGAGUCCAUCUUUUUACUGAUAUAUUGAAGGGUGGAUUUUUGUCAGCCAUUGUCUCCAUUGGCUUUUUCAUUGCACUGGCCAUGACUCGCCAUGAUGGAAAGAACCAGGCUAAGAGAAUGGGUAUCCUUAUGGGAUUUGCAUUUUUCACAGGGUUGGGUCUUGGCCCUAUCAUGGAUGUUGUGAUACAAAUUGAUGCAAGGUAAGCAAUCUCUGUACUUUUUAAGGGAUAAAAUGUAAAAAGGAUGAAUAAA